AUGCGACAUCACUCUUCGUUGCAUCCACAUCUUCAUACGCACCACCAUCACCACCACCAUCAUCACCACUCCCAGCAGCAUAGCCGUAGCGGUAGUAUCAUUCGCCGGACACAGAUCGUCUUCAAUACAGAUUUGCAGGCUUGUCUACAGCCAGGUACCGAGGCUUGCUGUGUGCUUAGUGGAUUGAGUAACCUGCUGAGGUCUCCAUUGCUUGCUCUAGUGCGAAUGCAGACGCCCACUGGCCUAUUGCAUGACGGCCUCGUAGAAGUAGCAGUGCCCGUUCGUUUCAUCUUCCUCUGCCUUGGCCCUACAAUGGCCGCCACGACUGAAGUGACGAGUGGGGCGCGCACCAGUUACUACACUGCUAUUGCACGGUGUUUUGCGGUGAUGGCGAAAAAUCUGGUAUUUUGUGCAACUGCGUUUGCUGCAACAGAUCCAGAAGAAUUGAUUGAAGCGUCAAAUGAGUUUCUUGAUGCAUCUAUUCUGAUGCCCAUUUCUCGCAAUGUGAAUCCGCAGAGCUUGGGCGGUAUGGUGAAUCAGAUUCGCGAAUUCGAGAUGGACAUGGAGCUCAGGUCUGAAAUGGAAAAGGCAACUAUUGCCGCCCAGAGCUACGAACGGCGCUCCAGCAUGCCUGCCGAUGUCAAGCUAGGCCACAGUCUGGCCUCAAUCACAGAAGAGAAGAAGUUGACAACCAGCAGACAGAAUUCCUCACCUAUCUCUACGGGGUUAACAUCACCUGUAACAACGGGUGCAGCCGCAUCUGCAGGAAUCGUUGCUCCCUCUAUAAGCCCAACACCAGGAGACCAAUUGUUAGCUGCGAUGGCACUGCGCAGAAUGUCUCGAGCCGGAAUUCUGCCACCUUCGGAUUUGGUUCUUUCAAGUCUGGAGAACGUGCGUGCCUCAGCAAUGCCACUUCCUGGCACUGGAAUUUACGGUGGCUUUCCUGUCUCUGGUGUCGGUGAGAUUGGACUGGACGGCAGCUCGGUGGCAAUUACUGGCUUAGGAUUGGCUUCUAGAGGCUCCAUCUCGAUGCCACCGACUGCAAUAGCGCAGAUUGAUGACAAACUAGAUGAGCGUUCACGAUUGACAACACGCCAGAAAUUUCUGUUUGACUUUUGUCCGCCAUGUGUUCAGACCGCUAAAGGUGCCCUGCCCUGGUUACAGCGGUUUCCCAGUGACUUUAAGGACGCUUUCACCAAGGAUAAUCUGCCUGCUGUACUCACGUGUAUCGUAUUUCUGUAUUUUGUCCUGCUUGCACCUGCUAUAACUUUUGGUGCCAUACUCAGUAGGUCCUAUGCAGGGGGGGCUCAUUUUGGCAUAUUAUCUCUUGUCAGCCUUUAA